AUGUCGAGCCCUACGUACGAUGUUGUCUUGUAUGGCGCCACAGGUUUCACUGGCAGCAUAGCUGCACAGUACCUGGCGGAGCACCCUCAGCAGCCCAAGAUUGCAUUCGCUGGCCGUAACGAGGCCAAGAUUCGCGACCUGAUCAACAAGCUGACGAACGUCAGUGCAGAGCGUGUCCAAAGCAUUGGCGUGAUCUUGGCUACCUCCGAGGACCACGAGAGUCUGAAGCGCAUGGCCAGUUCUGCCAAGGCGGUUAUCAAUAUGGUGGGCCCUUACGCCAAGUACGGCGGUUACGAUGUCGCGAGGGCGGCCGCGGAGGCGGGCGUUGGCUAUGUCGACCUGACCGGCGAGUCGUCGGUGUACAAGCACAUUGUGCGUGACUUGCACACUGUGGCCAAGUCGACGAAGGCUAUCAUUGUGCCUUCGUCCGGUUUUGACAGUCUGCCAUUCGACCUGACGACCUACCUCGCCGUGCAGGAGCUGCGCAAGUCUAUGGGCGGCCACGCGGACGUUGACUAUGCCCUCUGUGGCUUCCAUGUCCAAGGUGGCAUAUCUGGCGGCACGAUUGCGAGUGCCUUGGGCGAGGCGAAGGCCUCUGAUAUUAGGUUCAAGGACGCCUACUUGCUUGGCCCCAUUCGCGGUACGCAGCAGGCGCAGGUCGUGCGCGCGCGCUUCUUGCCGCAGUUUAGCCGCUACGGAGCCUACACGCUGUUCACGCCGCACAAUACGGGUAUUGUGAACCGCACGUGGGGUCUGCUGCAGCAGGCACAGGAUAAGCACGCCUAUGGCUCUUCGUUCCAGUACGCGGAGGGGUACGUCACCAGCUCCUACAUCACAUCGUGGCUGGUGUCGUCGCUCAUGAUGCUGUUUGGCUACCUGCUGCGUCACCACGCGUGGUUCGGUGAGUGGAUCACCAAGAAGGUGCCGCAGGGUUCGGGCGCGUCCAUGGAGCAGCAGCUGAAGGGCUUUGGUAAUGUGCGCACGCUCGCCGUGUCGCGCAAUGGCCACAAUAAGGCGCUCACUUCGUUCUAUGUGAAGGGUGACCCCGGCUACCUGAAGACGGCCGCCUUUAUCUCUGAGACGGCUCUUACGAUCGCCCUCGAGAAGAGCCGCCUGUCGGCCCUGGCACAGGACGGUGGUGUGCUGACACCCGCGACGAUUGGUGGCGAUGUGCUGGCUGAGCGCCUUUCUCGGUACAGCGGCAUCAAGAUCCAGUCCAAGGAUGUAUCGACGUCCACCGACCUGAGCCAAGAGUGCAUCUAA